AUGUCGACCCCCAAGGAGGACGAUGAACCGUCGUAUAUCGACUACGAGACCUUUUUGUCGCCGGAUUUCAGCGCCUCAUCCUUCGCGAAUACCCUCGUUCUUUCCACCAACAACCCAAACGAUGCCCCGCUAGACCUUUCAACACCCCUGUCCAGGGUACUUUUCGACAUCCAGGAAAUCGACUCGCACAUUGACCUCCUCACCACGCGCUCGGCCGUACCUCUCCUCACACACACCAAGGAACAGACAGACUCGAGCACGAGGAUAGUGGGUGAACUCGAUGGCCAGAUCAAGGCUCUGAACGACAGCUACAAGCAGCUCGAGGGGGAGGUAAUACAGAAACAUGCCGAAGCCGAGCAAGUCCGCCAGGUGGCUUCACGCCUGUGGGAGACGCUGAGGCUCGGGAGGGCCGUUGGGCGGUGCCUCCAGCUAGGCCGCCAGCUGGAGAUUCAGCAUGCCGAGCUGAUCGGGUCCCCGUCAGCGCUGUCAUCCACAUCAGCGACCCCCAGCGGCGUCCCCAGGCGAGUGAACCACCGCGCCCUCGUCAGGUGCGCCGACACCCUCCUGUCCCUCCGUGAGAUGCUUUCCAACGCCACCGUCCCCGGCGCCGAGGGCUUUGGGCUCGACCGCAUCGCCGCCGUUCGCACCCUACAAUCCGGCUACGUGGAGCCAACGGAGCGGUCCGUCCGCGAGGGCGCCGAGCGCAUCGUGCGCGAGUUCUCCAUCGGCACGGCGUCGGGGGCCGCCGCCACCUUCUCACAGGCGGAUGAGACGCGCGCCCGCACAGUCUCAGCCCUGCACGCGCUCUAUAUGCUCUCGCCCGCCGGCCCCAACCCCGCCGCGGGGAAGAGCGAACCCCGCACCCGGUGGUCGCCGACCCUCAUGCUACACGCCCUGGAGUUGUACCUGCGCACCGCCCUGCAGAGCAGCAUUGCCAGCCUCGCACGCGCCCUCGCCGCACUACCCGCCCUCGACCGCGCCCUCGCCGAGGUCGCCGCCCGCUGCCAGAACGUCGUCGCCCUCGAGGCCGUGCUGGAGGGUGCCCGGCCGCCGGCGCACCUGCUGCUGCCGGAUAAGGGGGACAACAACCUGCUGCAGCCGCUGCUGGCGUACCUCGAGACGGGGUCCCUGGCUUCGUACUUCUGGCGGACCCUGGCCGGCAGCCUGGCCCCGAGGGUGCAGGAGAUUGUCGGCCGGGGCGGGGCCUCGGCGAGGGCGCUGAGGGCGAACAAGAGCGGCAUCGGGGAGGCGAUCCGGGAGUGUGUGGCGAGGGGCAGUCAUCUGCCGAGCUCGGUCGCUGUCGGCGCGAAGGGGAAGGGGAGAAUCGGCGAUGGGGCGGCGGACAAGGCUGGGGCGUGGGAUAGGGAGGUUGCCGUCAUGGUGGGGAGCGUGGUUGGGAAUCUUGGACGGUGA